UUUUGGGCAUGGCUUCCUCCCCCUCUUCUGGCUCCAAUUGGGGCCUGAUCAUGAACAUCGUGAACAGCAUCGUGGGAGUUAGCGUUCUAACGAUGCCCUUCUGCUUCCAGCAGUGUGGCAUCUUUCUGGGAGCCCUGCUGCUUGUUUUCUGCUCCUGGAUGACUCAUCAAUCCUGUAUGUUCCUAGUGAAAUCAGCCAAUCUCAGCAAACGCAGGACCUAUCCCGGGCUAGCUUUCCACGCUUAUGGAAAACCUGGAAAAAUGUUGGUGGAAACCAGUAUGAUUGGCCUGAUGUUAGGAACCUGCAUUGCUUUCUACGUUGUUAUUGGAGACUUGGGAUCAAACUUCUUUGCCCGGUUGUUUGGGCUCCAGGUGAGUGGCUGGUUCCGGAUAGUUCUGCUCUUCAUUGUCUCCCUCUUCAUACUUCCGCUGAGUCUCCAGAGGAACAUGAUGGCUUCCAUACAGUCCUUCAGUGCCAUAGCUCUGAUCUUUUACACGGUGUUUAUGUUUGUGAUCACGGUCUCUGCUUUCAAACACGGCCUCUUUGGCGGGCAGUGGCUGCAGCGGGUCAGUUACGCACGCUGGGAGGGCAUUUUUCGCUGCAUUCCUAUCUUUGGCAUGUCUUUUGCCUGUCAGUCCCAGGUCUUGCCAACCUACGAUAGCCUGGAUGAGCCAUCUGUUAAAAUCAUGAGUUCCAUAUUUGCUUCGUCGCUACAUGUGGUCACUGCUUUUUAUGUUAUGGUGGGUUUCUUUGGCUACGUGAGCUACAUUGAAGCCAUUGAGGGGAAUGUACUCAUGAACUUUCCUUCCAAUCUGGUGACGGAGAUGAUACGUGUGGGGUUCAUGAUGUCUGUAGCAUUUGGGUUUCCUAUGAUGAUUCUGCCAUGCCGGCAGGCAUUGAAUACCCUUCUCUUUGAACAGCAGCAAAAAGAUGGGACAUUUGCUGCCGGAGGUUAUAUGCCACCUCUCCGAUUUAAAGCCCUGACACUGGCAGUGGUAUUUGGAACCAUGGUUGGAGGGAUCAUGAUCCCAAAUGUGGAGACCAUCCUGGGCCUAACCGGUGCGACGAUGGGAAGCCUCAUCUGUUUUAUCUGUCCAGCUCUUAUUUACAAGAAAAUCCACAAGAAUGCCCUUUGCUCACAGAUCAUACUAUGGAUCGGUUUGGGAGUAUUGAUCAUUAGCACCUACACCACCUUAUCGGCAACUUACGACACCCCGGGAAAAAUAGAAGCUGUAGAACCAGGCAAACCGCUAGGAGAAAUCCAGAAAGUAUUGGACCAGGACUCUGUCAAAAUCUCAGACCAGAACCCAGCAAUCAAAGAAGUGCCCGAUAAGCAUGACCAACCCAUCUUGCCAAAUGGGAAAGAAGAAGUGGAACAGCCGCAGAUCAAAGUUCCCAUGGAUGUGCCUAAGAGGGAUGAGAAGGAGAAACCCAAGGAGGAGGUGCAACUGGACCGGCCUGACCAAGGCAUUGCACAGCCUGUAGGAGAAGCCCACCGCCACGAACCGCCAGUACCACACGAUGCGGUAGUGGUGGAUGAGGGUCAGGACCGCGAGGAGCCUGAUGAGAAGCAAACAGCCAACAAGGAAGUCCUGGUGGAGGGGAAUCCUGCGUUGGCAGAGGAACCAGCACAACCUAAACCUGUCCCCAAGCAAGCAAAGGCAGAUGGUGGCCAGGAAAAGUUGGAGGACCAUCCUGUGAAAGACCCAAAGACUCUGAGAGAGGGGGUUGCUCAUGAGGAUGAACGCCCCCCUUACAAAGACCUUCAGCUGGACCAGCAGGGCGAGAGGAGAGACCAGGCUGCGGAUGAAAAGGAGGGUGCCGGUCUGCAGCUAGCUGAACAUGCAAAAGAAAGGGUGAAAUCUAUGGAGAAGGAGACAGGUGAAAAAAAGGAGCCGCUUCCUCCAGAGAGGCUGGAACCUGCCGAAGCUGAGCAGAGAGAGAUUCGUAAUGCAGAGAAUGGAGACAGGAAGCUGGAGGAAGCUGGGAAGAAGAAGCUACUAGACCAUGCAGUCCUGUUGCAAGUGAUUAAGGAGCAGCAGGUUCAGCAGAAGCAGCUCUUAGACCAGCAGGCAAAGUUGCUGGCAGUGAUUGAGGAACAGCACAAGGAGAUCCACCUGCAGAGGCAAGAGGAGGGAGACGAGGAGAAGUCAAAGCAAGAAAUUCUCCAAGAACCUGGUAUACCAUUCUCCAAGAGUAAGGAAAGAGAGGAAGACCCUGAAAAUAAAUUUGAAGGUGCUGCAAAGAAUAUACCUAAUGAUAGACUGGAUCAUCCCCUGCAAGCACUUGACAACCAGCCCCUAGACUCUGGUGGUCAGAGAAGACAGCAGGUCGGCGAUCCAGAAGAGCUUCAGCAUGUGCACGGCAAAUUAACCGGAGCCCCACCUAAAAUCCCUGCAGCACAUGUAAAUGAUGGGAAGAAAAUGGCACAGCACCAAGCUGGGAAAAACCAAGCAGGGGACUUAAUGGAGCCGGUCAGAAGUGAAUCACAGAUAGCAAGGGCUGACAGACACUACCAGGAAAAGCAAGGAAAAGUUGAGGAGUUGAAAGAAGGCCAGGACAUCCAAGUGGUACAAAAUGCCCAAGAAAAAAACAAGAACGCUCAGAAAAUGAAUGAGGUUGCAGAAAGAGCUAAAGACCAAAGAGAGAUACCUGAGGCAGCUAAUGUCCAUGAGCUUGCAGGGAGGGUUCCUCAGAGAGUCUCUGAGAGAGAGGCGCUUGCCAAGGAGGCUAACAAAGAGGACCCCCAUGAUCAAGAAGGGCAGGCAGAUUUUGUGCCUAAACCGAAAGUUGCUGAAAAUGGGCAAGAGAAGCUGGAGCUCCCAGAAGCUGUAAAGGCUGACAAUGUUCGAGAGAAACAGACCCUCCCAUUGGACCAAGUUGAGAGACUCCAGGUCCAGGGGGCCAGCAGUAGGGAGCGGAUGGCUGCUGCAGCCCACAGUCCACAGUCCAAUCAUGCCAAGGAGCCAGGGCUUGAUCCAGAGAGAGAGCCAAAAGAACAAGAGAAGUUGCCCAGGUCGCCAGAGCACGUUAAGGCUGCCCCCAGGGACCGUGACAAUGCGAAACCCAACAGAGACCUCAAGCUGAAAGCUGACCUGGACCUACGCCGCAAGAGGCGGGACCUGGAGGAAGAAGAGGGGGAAACAGGCGGCGUGAUCAUAGGACUGAACCCCCUCCCAGAUGUGAAAGUCAAUGACCUCCGUAGCGCACUGGAGAUUCAGCUAAAUCAGGCAGCAGAAGGAGCCCAGCAAGCACUUCAUAGUCGACAGAUUAAACAGAUACUAGAAGCAGAAGAAGAGAUGUGAACAAGCAAUCCUUUGCACAAUUGAGAACAGAUGUAGGAGGUUGCCGACAAUUUGGGGGUGUCUGUUACUGAGUCGGGUAUAUAACUGUUCACCAUCUAAAUCAGCUGGGUGUUGUUCACUAGGCAAAUGUUUACCUGCCGAUGCUUCAGAGGAAAUUCCAUUGCUUCCAGCCUGUUGCGUACUUCAACACUGUAACACCCUGUCUCUCUUUGUCAUGCCGGUGGCUAACCCACACACACAAAAAAGGUUGCCCACCCUCUGGGCCUUGGAGGGGCUUUGUGCUUGCCACCAUUCCAAAGAAACAUUUACAUUUUAUUCUCACUCAGUUGCCUUUUUCUCUUUGCUUUAAUUUCUUUGUUUGGAAUUAGAGCCUGUUUUCAGGCUUGUCUUACCUUGUUGGAAGCUGCCCCCUGUGUGUGCAUGUUUGCAUUCCUUAAAUUAAUUUUGGAUUCUUCCUUUCUACCUUGUCUACUCUUUGGGGAAUGGGCCAAUCUGCCUUUGGAAGCAGUAUCAAGAAGGGGAAAGCAGUUCUGCAAGUGACUAAAAUGGGAACACCCACCAUUCCAGGGAGAAAUUCUUCGGAAUAUUGAGCUACUUUGUAUUGGAUGCAUCUUUAAACAGGCUCAUAACUUGCUGUUCUGGUCUUCUUCAGCCAGGGGUCCAUACUAGCAAUAAUAAAGAAGUCACCCAUCCCUUCUUCCUCUCUGCGAGCUAUAAAAGCUUAGGUUCAUGCUUUUAAAACAUUCCUAUCCCAAGUGCAUUAUGGAACCAUACUGUGCAUGAAAACUGCAAGUUACUUGCUGCAAGAGGAUGUGAUGUUGGAACAUGUAAUGAAGGGAUUUCCAGGAGGCGUUAUUAAAGUGGACCAGUCUGCAUCUACCUCUUUCCUCCGUUUGGCAAGGACACAUGCAGUGUUGCUGUUGAAAGCUUCCCCUGCUACCUCCCAAUGCUUGAGGGGUGUGUGAAACCUGGUAGAGCUGAUCCUUGACUUGCAGCUCACACACUUGAGCAGAGCUCACUUGUUCAGGCCUCCUGAUAGGGAUGAUACGGCCAAACUGAGCAGCUUUGGACUCUUAAACAUACUUACCAUCCAAAGGUAUCAGUCCAUCUAAUCUGAGGUUCUUCAGGUUGCGGAAAUAACGGAAUUUGACACUGUGAAAGGUUUAUGCUACAGACAGGCAAAAGAUCUGAUUCUGUAAACUGGUGUCUUUUAUCUUGUAUAAGUCUGCUUUUCUAGAACAGUCACAGGUUCAGCAGGCAUAAAUGCUAGCACUGACAUUGCUUCUAAGGCAAUGGCAUGUGCAGGCGAAUGGAACCGGGGCACAUCUCUGCUAUAGCUUGCCUGUGAAAUGUGUUUGAUGCGUCUCCAUCAAAGGAGACAGAGAAAUGUGGCUAGUUCCGCUUGCCUACUUCAAGGGGCUGUUUGCCUUGUCAUAAAACAUGAAUUUUAUUAUAGCCUUAAUCUUCAGGAGUCCCCAUUGUCCAGUUUGGCCUUCAUGCUAAACCGUAGUUUCUCAUGAUGCGAAUGGGCUGCAGUGAGCCUCAGGCUCACACACUUCCUUCAGCACAACAGCAAGGAGUUCAGAAGCGUUUGCUUAUUUAUUUGCAUAAGCACAGCUUGUUAUGUUGUUUAAAUGUCAACCUGUUGGUUGCUGUUAAUUAUGGUUUAUUUCAUAUAAACCAUAGCUAACAGUCGCCAAGUUUGUUGGUUCAGUUAACAUGACCAGCUGUGCUUAAGUAAAAACAGAAACAAAAUCUUUUGCACUAGAGUGUCUGAUCCUGAGGCUUACUGCAACAUUCACAUCAUGACAAAUGAUGGUUUAGUGCAGUCUUUCCCAACCUAGUUGUUGGACUACAACUCCCAUCACCCCAGAUCUUUGGCUGGGGUGAUGGAAAUUGUAGUCCAACAUCUGGGGACCCUAGGUUGGGAAAGGUUGUGGUUUAGUAUGAUGUUCAAACACAUCCAUUGAGUGGUGCUGCUCAAAGCACAAUUAACUCACAGCUGGGAUUGCUAUCACUUCAAUCCCAUAUGUAUAUAUGAUUACUUUAUAGAGUAUGUUUUUGUAAAUACCAGGAAAGUUGUUUUAAUAUAAAGGGUGUUAGCUUGAAUGUCCUGUCAGGCUUUUUCUGACCAAGGGUGAUGUGCUAUGCGCUGUGCUUGCUCUGUGACCAAAGAUACUUCUCACAUUCCUCCACAGAGCAAUUGGAUUUUAAGCACGCCAUCUUGAAGCAGCUAUGGAGAGGGAAAAAGAGGGAAGGCGGAAGUGGACUUCAGCUAGAACUCUUCCCUCAGUGCCACAGCACAAGUUCCAAUUUUCAAGGUUGUACAGUGACAUGCAGCUAGGGGUGUUGCCAAGCUGCACAAACCAAUAAAGUAAAUUCAAGCAUUUUUA